AUGCUCCCGCAGUGCUCGUGGGGCUGCCGGCUGGAUGUGUUUGACGCUGCAGACGGAAAGGUGUGCAACCCCGUGCAACGUCGGCCACAUUCGACCACUCGAGCACCGCGCGAGGACAGGACGCCGGCGCCUCUAGCAUGCACUGUAAUGCUAGCCGGCCGACUCCCUGUGUUCAGCGGCUGGAGAGGGCGCAUCUACAGCACAGCAAUGGCUUGUAAGUCUGAAAGGCCUAGUGCCUGCCAAUGUAAUAAAGAUCCAGUUAACAGCAUUCUUUUCCGAAUGCUUAAUUCAGAAGUCACAUCAAAACCUAACAGUCAGCAAGAGUAUCAUCAAUACAGCUGUAAUUCAACUGGAGGAUGCUCAUGUGAGGGCAACAAGAAGGUGUCGCAGUGCCCAUGCGAGGGCAACAGGAAAGUGGUGCUGAAGAACUCUGAAGAUAUCUGCAAAAAAGCAUCUGAAGUGUUAUUAAAGACGGUGGCUUUUAUUAGAAAUGUCCCAUCCUUCUACCAGCUGCCACAAGAAGAUCAGAUCCUUCUCAUACACAAGUGCUGGGCUCCACUUUUUGUUUUAGGACUGGCUCAAGAAAGGGUAGAUUUUGAAUGGAAAGAACUUUCUGUCCCAAGCCUCUUGAAAAAGAUUCUUCUUAAUCAGUCUUCCAGUGCCGGCGAUACCACAGCGAGGUCUGAUGCUGGAGUUGCUUUCAGAGAUGUCCAACGGAUACAGAUGCUUCUACAUAAACUGUGGAGCUUGGACAUUUGCACAAAGGAAUAUGCAUAUCUUAAAGGGAUGGUGCUGUUUAAUCCAGGUAUUAGUGGUAUGAGGUACCCCCAUUAUGUUCAGACCCUGCAUCUGGAAGCACUGCAAACACUAAUGGAGUUUACAUCAAUGAUACACAGCAGGAGUUACAGUCGCUUCACCUGGAUGCUGGAAGCUGUAGACUUUGUCAAGACUAUCGACUCCAAAGUGAUCACAGAACUUUUCUUCAGACCUAUCUAUGGACAGAUUAAUCUGGAAGAGGUGUUGCUGGAAACUUUGUUUAUCAAGCACUAA